CCAAAGGGGGUCUCUUACAACAACAACAACAACAAUGGCUGCUCCCACGGGGCACGCAUUAUUUACAACAUUUGAUGAUAUUUUACCUUUGCUUAAUAGACCUGAAGAUUUUUUAGUGAAUAAGAACCACAGUUCAAAGGACUUCACAAAAGCAUUGAAAUGCAUGUAUGAUGUAGGCCACUCCUCAAGUUCCAUAGUGUUUCAGUCUGACAACACCGUAGCAGAACUCACAGUUGCUGGCUUUGAUGAUGAACAGAUCUGGCAGCAAAUUGACUUGGAAAACAAUGAGGGAAUCAGAAAAUUGAUAUCCCUUUCAUCUACUUUGCUUACCAGCAAAGAUAAGUGUAUAUUUCAAACACAAACAGAAAACAGUUCAAAGUCUGGGAAUCUGUUGGCUAAGGAGGAUGAAGUUAAAGAGGAUUUUGAUAACAGUGAUGAAUUUCAGGAUGAAAAUGACUCUGAUUUAGGUUCAGAUUUGGAGAAAAAUGAUAGUAGUGAUGAGGAAAUUGAUUCAAUAGAUAAAAAUGACAAAUUCUUUGAUUUUACUGGUGAUUCUGAUGAAGAUUUAAAUUAUGGUCCAUUAGGUUCAAGUGCUGAUGUGGAAGACAAAAUCUUUGAAGCUAGUGACGAUGAUGGCAGUGACAAUGAGGAUUUGGAAAAAAAUAAUAAGAAAAGGUCAGAGAAAACAGACAAGAAGUCAGUUUCUUUUAAAGAAGAUAUUGAGAAUACAAGAACAGAAACUGCACAAAGAAAUCUGAAAGGAAAAAACAAAGGAAAAGACAGUGUUGUUGAUGAUGCAUUUUUCAAGCUUGCUGACAUGGCGGAAUUCCUGGAUCGAGAGGAUCUUCGAGAGAGCAGAAAAGGUGCGGAGAGGGAAGAGGAGUCAGACAAAGAAGAAGACAUUGAUCUGUUUGGGGAUAUUGACUCAAAAGAUGAGAAUCUCCACUAUGAUGACUUCUUUGACCCGCCAGAUAUAGACGAGGCUAGUACCAAGCCUGGUACCAAAACAGGAAGCAAGUCAAAGAAGAAAGAUGCUGAGGGAGACAGUGAUGAACAAGAAGACGAAGAUGAAGAAUAUGAAGACAUCAGAGAUGAAAAAGAUCAAGAUGCUAUCCGUGCCCGUCAGGCGAUACAGAGGAGCCUGUUGUCAGACUCGGGUAGCGAGGGAGAGGAUGUGGCUGAUAUACUUGGAGGGGCAAGGAAAGCAGACGAGAAGUCGACCUUUGAGAUACGACAGGAGAAGCUCAAGAAGAAAAUCACGGAAAUGGAGUUAAAGCUGUUAGCUGAGAAACCAUGGCAACUUAAAGGGGAGGUGAAUGCCGGAAAGAGACCUGAGAACAGCUUACUACAGGAAAAUCUACAGUUUGAGUAUACAACUAGGCUGCCUCCUGAGAUAACGGAAGAAACAACGAAGACACUAGAGGACCUCAUAAAGCAAAGAAUUAAAGACAAGGCAUGGGAUGAUGUGGAGCGUAAAGUGAAGCAGACAGAGAACCCGUUUGAGUUCAAGAAGCGGAUCACUCUGGACCAGGAGAAGAGCAAGAUGAGUCUGGGAGAGAUAUAUGAGCAGGAGUACCUCAAGCAACAGCAGACUGAGCAAGUGGAGAAGACAGACCCCGACCAUGACUCCAUCAAGAAGAUGAUGACCUCUCUCUUCAUUAAACUCGACGCCCUCUCCAACUUCCACUACACGCCUAAACAUGCAGCUCCUGAGGUUCAUAUUAUCACCAAUCAGCCGUCCAUAGCAAUGGAGGAAGUGGCACCUGUUGCUGUUAGCGACGCCAAGCUGCUGGCACCAGAGGAAAUUAAGGACAAAGUGAAGGGAGAGAUGAAGGGAGACUCUGAGAAGACCAAGUCUGACCGACUGAGAGAAAGACAGAAGAAAAAAAAGGAGAAGAGGAUCAAGAGGAAGGAGAAGGAUCAGCGACAGAAGCUGAUAGAGAAGCUCAACCCAGGCCUGGGUAACAAAUACAGCAAGGAUCGGGCCCUGAGGGAGCUGGAGAAGGAGAGCAAGGCUCCCAGCAGUCACGUCACGCUGCUCAAGGACACGAAGGAGAAGUCUGGCCUGACAUCAUCCAAGAACUUCUUCUCGCAGCUGCAGGAGGAGGUCAGCGCAGGCAUCAAGAGCAAGCAGGCGGAGAAGCGCAGGCUGAAGGUGGACACAACCAAAAUAGGUGUUAAGAAAUUCAAGCUGUAGCGACCUGAAGGUCUCUGAUUCAAUCCCCACAGUGGGGGCGUUCUUUAGAUCUCCCCUUAAGACGCCAAGCACACUAGCUGUACCCAAGAAAGUCACUCGAAAGCAUUUUUAUAAGCCUUAGACUUUUGAUCCAAUUGUGCUUCAAUGAAUAGUUUUAAAAUAAAUACAAGUUGAACUAAUGGUCUGCCGGCUGGUCGUUUAAAAUUGUUGGAACGUUGAAGCUCAAUUGGACUUGUGUAUAUAUCUUAUUGUUAAUAUAAUCAGCUGUCUGUAAGAUGUUCAGAAAUCGAAACUCCUUAAACUAAUGGUUAAACUUAAAAAGGAUUCUUUAAUUUUGAUUCGCCCAUGGAUAACAAUUUUUUAUUUGCUUAUGUGUUCAAUAAAAUUGUUCUAACUAGUUUUCAAGUAUUGUUUAUUUUGUUAGAGCAACUCAAAGCAAAUUUCAUAAAAUAAAAUGAUGUGAUAUUGUGAACCACAAGUAACUUAUACUGUUUUAUUCAAGACAACUUAUUAUGUUUCCAAUACUAGUAUACAUAUUUAAUUUGUUCAGGAAUAUAUUUUAAUUUAAAAAAGGAUAUACAUAAUGUCAUUUUUUUUUACUUUUCAUUAAUUUUAUUUGCGAUUAUGUUGUUAAUAUAAAAUGUUUUGAAUUGAUUAUAGUGUUGUUAAUGUUGUUCUUUUUAAGACAGUCACAAAUCAUGAUAUUUCACUUUCAUUUCAUAGUACAGACAUUGGCUUGAUAACAUAUGCGGUCAGCAUAGCUCAAGACCAGUUGACCAGGAGUUACCCAGGUGGUUAAUGAUAUCACGAAACCUUGCAUGACUUUAUAGUGGACAGUAAAGUCCCUGCCCAGAGUGUGCAAGUGAUGUGGCUUAAGACCCAUUUUUGCAUGAAAUGGCUCAUAAGUAUGCCACUCACUCGAAGGUUUCUUGUUUAUAUAUGUCAAUUUCAAGGACAUUUAACAAGGAUUUAGUUUCCUCUCUCUGUGUUUUUUGCAUGGUUUUUGCAUGGUUUUUGUAAUUUUUGUCAUGACCAAAUGUCAUGUUAGAUACUUGACCAUAAUAUUAUUGGUUUAUUUUGCGGUAACUGCAUUUGUUAAGUAUUAAAGUCUGAUGAAAAGCU